GAAAAAAAAUAAACAGAAAAAGUAAGAGAACAGUUUUCCUCUCCCUUUUUUUCUGUGAUUUCAUUUUUCAGUAUGUCACUCUGAAACAAUCAUUCAAAUGUAUUAACUGUUACGGGCAAAUUUGCAUUUUGUGCGGUUGACUCGGUUCUUCACUACCUUUUUUGAUCGAUUUUCAACUUUAUUUUGGAAUUUUAUGUUAGAAUAUGUUCCAAGAAAAAGAUGUUGGGCAACCUAAGCGUUGGGGAUGUCUCGUUGCGGUUUUUGUGAUUAUGACUGUUUUCAAUAUUGCUGUUGUCAUUGUGAUUCGAGGACUUUUAGACACAGAGGACGAAUUUGACAAUCCUAUCAUUCAAGGAGAACUGCGCGAUGAUCUAACGGCUUUCCUUGGAAUCUUCACAAUGACUUUCUUUUUAUGCUGUUGUGGAUGUUUUUGUUGCGGAUGUGCCUGCUGCAGAUGGUGCUUCUUCCAAUUUCCGUAUGGAAUCACAAAACUUUGGCGAGCAAUUCCCAAUUUAUUUGUCAAUAAUAUGGACCACUUUCCAAUUCAUCGAUUCAAGGAUCAAGAAGAAACGGCGCCAGCCGAGGAUCAUGUGGCCAAUGCUAGAGGUAUUUUAUCGAAGAAGAUGGAUGUGAAGCAAUCGGAUCGAUGUGCUUAUGAAAAUACCGGUUAUGUGGAUAUCAUUGAGAUGGAACGAAUUCCGGAGCCACCUCGUCUCAUUUUGCCUCCGAUUGCUCAUGGUCGUCACCGCUCUCAAAGUAUUGACGUUUCUGCUAUUGUUUAAAUUAAAUUUUAAUCACAAUAAUAAUUAAAAUAAUUUAUAAUAUUUUCUUAGCAAAAAAACCUGAUGAAUGUUGAAUUAAAAUAUUGAAUAAAUGAAAAAAAGACAGGAAA